CUGCAAUCUUCGUGAACCUUGAAAUCGAACCAUCGAUUCAGGCUCGAAGCUAGCCCUUGACGAAGCCUAACGUGGAGUGUUCUCUACAUUUCGAGCAUAGUCUAUAUGUCCAAGGUCAAAUUUUGUUGCUAUUUUUUUUGUUCCAUUUAUUUAUUUAUAUUCUCUAUUAAGGAUUAUUAAUUGGGAUUAAUAUGUAUUCCCGAUUCCCUCACAUGUACACCGAUGCUAAGUAACAAUUCGUCAUUCUUUAUCUAAUCAUUUUUAUUUUCUUAAUUUGCGUCGGGCCUGCAAACAUCCUGGCAUGUGUGUAUAUAAAAGGGGCAGACCUUGGCAUAGAGAUGCAAAGGUAAGUAUGCCAGCAAAAAUGGGUAGAAAAUUUCAAGCUUCACCCCUAUUCGUCCGCCUAGCAGUACUAGCACUGGUUAUUAGAUUCUGUGAUGCAGGUGGAAUCGCCAUCUACUGGGGCCAAAACGGCUUGGAGGGAACCCUCAACCAAACAUGCGACACAGGCAGAUAUUCCUACGUGAACAUAGCCUUCCUCAACAAAUUUGGCAAUGGCCAAACCCCAGAAAUCAAUCUUGCAGGGCAUUGCAAUCCAGCAACAAAUGGUUGCACCAUUGCUGGCAGUGAAAUUAAGCACUGCCAAGAGUUAGGAAUUAAAGUGAUGCUCUCCAUCGGCGGUGGGGUUGGAAACUAUUCCAUAGCUUCUCGAAAGGAUGCCAAGCGAGUAGCAUAUUAUCUGUGGAGCAACUUCUUGGGUGGACAUUCAUCUUCGCGUCCCCUAGGCGAUGCAGUAUUGGAUGGCAUUGACUUUGACAUAGAGCUUGGCUCAACACAACACUGGGAAAAUCUUGCUCGCUACUUGUUGGGUUAUAGCAAGCGAGGAAGAAGAAAGGUGUAUCUAACAGCAGCUCCUCAAUGCCCAUUCCCUGAUAUGUUUCUUGGGACUGCCCUUAAUACAGGGCUAUUUGACUACGUUUGGGUGCAAUUCUAUAAUAAUCCACCUUGUCAAUAUAGUUCAGGGAAUACCACCAACCUGAUAAAUUCUUGGAACCAAUGGACUACGUCAAUAGAGGCAGCAAAAAUAUUUUUGGGGUUACCGGCAGCUCCGGAUGCAGCCGGAAGUGGAUAUAUUCCUCCUGAAGUAUUGACUUCUGAAAUCCUUCCGGUGAUUGAGAGGUCGCCCAAGUAUGGAGGGGUAAUGCUUUGGUCGAAGUUUUAUGACGAUGAGACUGGGUAUAGCUCCUCCAUUAAGCCAAGUGUUUGAUUUUCAAGGAAACUGGCCAUAGUUAUAUUUAUUAAUAAAUGAAACGUAUGUCCUCUUCAGUUCAUGAUAUUAUGAUUAGAAGCAUUUUCAAGUUUUUAUUCUUAACUGGCUUACAUAUGUAACCGUAUCUGCUUAAAU